AUGUUCAGCAAGAAGAAAAAGCAGCGCAUCCAGAUCUCGGCACCCUCCAACUUUGAGCACCGAGUGCACACUGACUUCGAUGAGCAGGAGCAGAAGUUUGUGGGACUUCCCCGCCAAUGGCAGAGUCUUAUUGAGGAUACGGCCAAGAGGCCUAAGCCUUUCAUUGAUGCCACAGUCAUCACCACUGUGGAGCCUCGCAAGACCAUUGUGCGGGGCAGUAAGAUAGGGGUGGAUGGCUCUCUGACAUGGCUGCUGGAUGAGUUUGAGACCAUGUCAGUGAUUCGCUCCAACUCUCUGCGACGAGGCAGCCCACCUACACAGCUACGCAGUGACUCCGGCUCCUCUGGGCGGCAAGAAAAUGGGGAGCACCCCAGUCGGCACCAUGGUGAACGACCUGAGCACAUCAUAGACAAUAAAGACAGAGAGAGAACUCGCCAGGAGCAUCCAAGUGCUGACCCCCGACAGCGACCGGCCCGGGCCCCGCGUGAAGAUGGGCGACCCCAGCAGCCUCGCGGACAAGAGCCCAGCAGGCACAAGGAGCGGGAGCGUCCAGCUGGACCACCCACUCCUCCUCACCGGGAACGAGCUAGAGAUCGUGAGCAAGAACGUGACAGAGAGCGAGAGCCACGCGAAUACCAUGACCAGGUGGUCAGGAGGGAGGGGGGUAGUGAUAAACGACCCAAGUCCAGCUACACAGGCCGUGACAGCAGCCCACAGUCACCGCGGGACAAGAGACCACUCUCUGGACCAAAUAUUCGCACUCCCAACCUGCCUGUCACAGAAGGGGUAAUGAAGACUGCCCAGCAGGGCCGACCUUUUAACACUUACCCACGUACAGAAAGCGACACUGCGAGAAGUCCCAGCAGUCAGGACUUGAAACCAAGCAAAACUCAUGAUCCUCCUCACCACAAUGGCCCCUCCAGUGUGGCAAACCGAAGUGGAGGCAGCAGUGGUAAAGCUGCUUCUCGAGGGGAGUCCCAGCAGCAUCACUCUUCUCAUCCAGCCCUUGGUCCAGAACCACACAGUCAGCAGCUCCCCCCAGCACCCAGACCACCAGGUCCCCCUGGACCUCAACAGCAAGGCCGUUCUCCACAGAGGGAGCCUCAGCGGGUUUCCCAUGAGCAGUUCCGUGCUGCUCUGCAGAUGGUGGUGGACCCUGGAGAUCCACGCACGUACCUGGACCACUACAUCAAGAUUGGCGAGGGCUCCACUGGUAUUGUGUGCAUCGCCACAGUUAAGAGCACCGGCAAACUGGUAGCUGUGAAAAAGAUGGAUCUGCGCAAACAGCAGCGGCGAGAGCUGCUCUUUAAUGAGGUGGUGAUUAUGCGAGACUAUCAUCAUGAGAAUGUUGUGGAGAUGUACAAUAGUUAUUUAGUGGGUGAUGAGCUCUGGGUUGUCAUGGAGUUCCUUGAAGGUGGAGCACUCACUGACAUUGUCACACAUACCAGGAUGAAUGAGGAGCAGAUUGCCACUGUGUGUCUGUCUGUCCUGAAGGCUCUGUCGGUUCUGCAUGCCCAGGGCGUCAUCCACAGAGAUAUCAAGAGUGACUCCAUUCUGCUAACUCAUGAUGGCAGAGUGAAGCUGUCCGAUUUUGGCUUCUGUGCUCAAGUCUCAAAAGAGGUCCAGCGACGGAAGUCACUGGUGGGAACGCCAUAUUGGAUGGCCCCUGAGCUCAUCUCUAGACUGCCAUAUGGACCAGAGGUGGAUAUUUGGUCACUCGGCAUUAUGGUGAUUGAGAUGGUUGAUGGAGAGCCUCCAUAUUUUAAUGAACCUCCGCUGAAGGCUAUGAAGAUGAUCCGAGACAACCUACCACCCAAACUGAAAAACCUCCACAAGGUUUCACCACUUCUCAAAGGCUUCUUGGACAGGAUGCUCGUUAGAGACCCUGCCCAGAGGGCCACAGCCCAGGAGCUGCUCAAGCACCCAUUCCUCAGUAAAUCUGGCCCGCCCUCCUGUAUUGUGCCCCUCAUGAGGCAGAAUCGCAUGAGAUGAGAGUGAGAUCUCAAAGACCCUCAGCAGAGCUUAAAUCACUGACCCUUUGAGGCAGGAGACCUGCAGAGAGAUGCCACUCUGCACCCUUUAGAGACUGUUGACGCUGUGGAUGCUAUGCUUGGCCAGAGCUGAGAACUGUUGUAAAGACAGAAAAAGAAGACUUUAAAGAAAUCACUGAAAAAAAGAAACAAUUGUUUUACACUAAUUUUAUGGUCCCCUAUAUACCGUACUGGCAUAUGCCGACUUUGGUAGAGAAUUUGGUCCCAGUGUUCCUUCUCCUUUAGGGGUUUUUUGGAUCAUUUUGCUUUUGAGAAGCCUUAUCUGUCACCUCUUAACCACUGUCAGUGGCUUCAAGCCCUGUGUCUCUAGGUGAAGAGUGAGUGACUUGACAGCCUUCACCAAAUGGAGCUUUGUGGAGCUUCUCUUUUUUCCCCUACCGUGGAAACUAUGCUCCUUCUCUGAACUCAAGCUUCACCUCCUGCACCACAACCACUUUCCUACUUCAAAUCAAUUUAAAGAGGAAAAUAACUACUGAAGAAGAGCUAUAUUUGUACUUUAUCGAAAGGAAAACACUAAAACAAUAGGCUCCUGUUACAACACUAUGCUAGGUAAACACUGGAAGUGUGCUUUUAGUUCAGACCAUUUCUAGUUUUAUGGAAGUUUGGUAAACAGAGAGAUAUGUAAUUUUUAUAUAUUGUGAAUUUUUUUUUUUUUUUUCUACUUUGGGUGACAGUGAAGCACUGUUUUGAGAUUGAAGCUGCACCCCCGUUUUUUUCUAUUCCAGCACAUAGAAAAUCUUCUUCUAUGUCACGUGAUGUGAUAAAUUAAUGAAAUAUCACUCUUCCAUUUCAUUUGUUCUUUUUUCCUCUUUUCUUUCGGGGACGGGGGUGGAGGGACACAUGAACUACAUUUGAAGGCUUAUUUUUUAUCAUAGCACCAUAUCUCGAUGUCUGCAGAUAUUGACUGUUACUAGGGUCUUUCCAUUGCAGGGCGGUGUAAUCCACAUAGCUGUUGAAGUACUGUCCUUUCCUGUGCAGAUUUUAAUCCUUUAAGGUGUUCUCUGUAGGAGGGAAGAGGGGAAUGCAUUACAUGAAUGUAUAGCUUGUUGCUGGCUACAAAGUCAUGAGGGGCCACUGCAGAGUUUAGUGUUUGCUCUAAAAGGAAUUUCAGUCUAUGAAGGGCUUGCUGAUUGUCAGAUUAAAUAAAUCAGGGGAAAUACUAAACUCUACAAUGCCUGACAUCUAGUACUAGAGUCUGAAGUCUCUGCCAUCCUGUAUGUUACUAGGGCUAAAGUUUAUUAGGGCUAAUUAGCUAGGGAUGUAGACUGGAGCUGUUGAGACUUAGCUUAAUCCGACUGUGAAGCAGCUGCUAGAACCACGUCCACUGCAUAGAUUUGAUGCUUGAACACUACCAUAGAGCACUCGCACAUUAAUGUAGCUGCAAGUCUGUGUUUGCUUUAUAGUAAGCACAUAUUUGGUAUUUCAAAAUGGGCUCCACCAGUGCCUUUGUCUCUAGUCCUCAGCUCCUAAGGCUAGUAGCAUAUUAGCUUGCACCUAGUGAGCAACCAAAGAUCAUUCACAGAAUGAAGUGAAGGUAACCUAAUAGAAACCCACUGGUUUGAAUUGACCCAAACAUACUGAGUUAUAUACUAUACUACUACACUACCACACAGCGUUUUAUCAUGAUACUGUAUGUUCACUUCUUCCGUCACACAUGUUUAGGUCUUAAGUGGAUGAGUGGAUCGAGUUCUGAUCGAAUUAGAUUACUGGUGUUGCUCUGUUGGAAGAGGUUUGGAUUUGUCGGUUGUGAGCACUGGUGUUUCCCAGCCCUGAUCCUGGACUGCUCUACCCAUUUUAGUGAUUUCUCUGCUCUCAACAUUCCUGAUUCGACUAAUUAGCUCAUUAACAACUCCAAACUGAGUUGUGUGUGUUAAGACAGAGAAACCAAUAAAAUAUAUAAACCUGCCUGUACAAACCACGUAAUGAUGAUGAUCGUAAAGUAAUUAUAAUAGUAAUUAUUUGAGCUCAUCACAAUUAUUCAUAGUUGUAUACAAAAUGUUAAACACCUCUAGUAAAGUUACAGAUACUGGUUUUAAAGAUACUGGUUUGAAGCAAAAAGUGUGUAAAUGAAAGAAUGCAGUAAACACAUGGAGACCCAUUAUGUGUCUCACAAAAGCAACAAAAGUUCAAACUGCUGCCUGGUGCUAGAACACCUUUAGAGGUGAAUAAUGUGUAUUUAAUCAAACCCAAGUUGUGUCUGUCAUCAGUUGGGAGCUUCUAAGAAUCAGCAUUUAGGAUGGAAGGUAGCUAAUCAGGUUAUUUGUCCAAUUUAAGUUUCUAUUUUAAUAAUUACGUACAAAGAACAAAAAAGACGCUGUCACAAUUAUUUACAUGGCAAUUAAUCAUCAGCUAAUAUUUCGUGACCGAUUAUGGGCCUGUGCAGUCCAAGGCCCAGGGUUGGGAAAUGCCGGUGUGUAUAUGACUUGGGUGUAGGAGUAGUCUCAUUUUAGUCUCCUGAGCAGUUUGAUAUUUUAAGUUUUUUGAAAAUGUUCUGUAGAAAGUGGUUGGACUAAAGUUAGUUUGAUACUGUACAUAUUUUGUGAGAUAUUUUAAAAGAAUCUUUGCUGAUGGUUUAACAUCUCUAAUUCACUAUAUAUUAGUCAUAAAUUUUUGUAAAAAUUCAACUUGUGAUCAGAUCUACUGAACAUGAUUGAAUUGUGUUUUGUUUUUUUGUUUUUUUCCUCAUAGUAGUAUUUGUUUUAACAUGGUUUUUUUUUUCUUCAUUUAAAAAAAGUGCUCCAAUUUUCUGGAGGUGAAACAUAGAACAAAAAAAAAUUGACAAUCAAAUGUCUGAGUAAAAUCUGGAGUAAUAUGAAAUGCUAACAUGUUAAUGCCAGAGAAAGUAGGUUUAAUGUGUAGGAAUGGAAUGAAUUAUUUUCAAUGACCAAAUAGCAUUGGUUAGAAUCACAUUGUUCGUUGAAACAUUGCUGGGAGAGUACAUUCUACUUAGAUGUUAAACUGGCAGAAGCUGAGAGGUUUUGAAUGCAGGGAUCACCAUCCUGAUCAUUCCUUUACGAACAUACAGCCUUAAUGAAAAUCCUUAAAGCCGCACUACAAGAUGACACUACAUACAGGGUACUACCAAUGAUUUUAGCUGCAGCUUCUCAUUGAGAUAUUUGCAUCUUCCUUUAACACAAUUGCAAAAUGUUCACAUGUGACACAUGACUGUUUCAGUAAAAGGAUGCGUCCUUAUAGCCUCAAGCCUUAUAUUUGUUGUUCGAAUGUGAAAAUGGAAAAUGCUGUGCUCAGAGGAACAUUUCUGUGAAUGAGUGUGGCAAGGAACUUCCUGUCUGUCUCUCUUUUUACUAAAAUAUUUGUGUCUGAUUAAAGGAAUGGUUUGGUUAAAAAAAAAAUCAAAUGUACACAAUUUUCCUUUUACCGCAGAUGUAGUCGAUUAUCCAAGCCGUGUUUUGUUUUUCAGUUUUUGCUUUUUUAAUUAUGCUAAGGCCAACAUUACAGUCAAUAGAUGUCAAUAGUCACUAAAAUUUGACAUCUCCAAAUCUUCUUAAGGUUGCACAAGCAUGGCAGUGUGGUUUAAGACGCAGUAUGACUUACUGUGAACAAAAAAUUUGAGGAAAUCUUUGCUGAGUGGCUUAACACGGAGGGCAGGCACUUUAGACAAGUGUUAUCUGAAGUUGUUGCCUGCUACAUUUGACAGACGUUGCAUGGAGAAGUUGUGUUCAGUUUUGUAGUUUCAGUAAGGUGACACUGUGUGCUAAACCACGCUGAUAAAUGUCCACGAGCGAUGCAGUUGAGCAGAUUGAAGUUUUUGGAAUGUAUUUAUGGAAAUUAUUUUGGUGACUACUGAUUUCUAGUGUUUGUUAGCAUUGUUAUCUUUGUAGUACCAGUUGUCUUAAACAAGAAACUUUAUACACUAAACAUGUCUUUGAUGAUGAACAUCUGAAAUACAAAGACAAAAUGUGUAAAUUUGAUUUAUUCCUUUAACAGUUCGGGUUUAUUUGUAGUAUUUGGUGAUUUAUGCCAGCAUUCACAAAAGAGAUACAUUUAUGAAAUCGGUGCAUCCCCCAUUUGUAUACAAGAUGUGAUCAUUCUGGCCUCAUGCUUUUAUUUCUACAUCUCUUAAUUGCCAGUGCUAUAAAUAUAGAUAAUGGAUCCUGUUUAAAAUGCUUUGAAUCCUUCUUUUCAACUAAUGGUCCAAAAGGCGCCCUGUGUGCUGUCUGAACUGAGUAUGUACAGAAGUUCAUUAUCUCAUGCAGGAUGUGGUUGAUUCACGUUACCAAAUCAGCACUAAAUUUUGAUCAAAUCUUGGUCUGAUGCUGAUGUGGUUUGAAUACUGUGCUGAUAGUGAUAUGGUACUAAUGUUAUCAUACAUGCCUAAUACUUCUCCUGACAGAUCUGUUUCAGUUGGUCACUGUACUACUAACAGAUCUCGCUUGUUCAUCCAGUGGCUCUUAUUACAUUUAAAGGCUUGUUUCUAAAACCUGUGAUGAAUGCUGGAGUGUAUGCAUUUGUAACUAAAUCUGUAAUCACAAUAUUGUUUUGUCAGCUUUCUAUUUUAAAGAAUCAGUUUGUUUACUUAAAUUUGGAAUAGACCUAUAAAGGUAAAACUCUUUUGAUAGACUAUUGUUGACUUGAUUUGAUUUAGACAUGACUGUCUUUGUUACUAAAAUUUACUGAAUUUAGAGUUAACUUCCUCAAACGGAAGCCCAGAAUCCUGGACUGUGACUACUACUGACUGGCCUGCUCAUGUUUAUGUGUGAAAUAUCAGAGUUCAAUCAGUGUUCCUCUCAUUCUGUUCACUGUAGUCAUGUUAUGCAAGUGCAUCACUUUUCAGUCAACUAGUAUCAGUUCCCUCCAUGAUUUGUGAAUUAUGGUUGUUUAAAGGACUGUCAGCGUUGCAGACUUUCUGAUUUUUGCAAAUACAUUUUUCCCCUCAUACAAAUG